CUGGAGGCAGCUGCGAGCUUGGAGCGCGUGAGGAUUCUCGCGCCCUUGUUACGUCCAUAAGCAAGCAAUGCGAGAAGGCGUGAAACCCGUACAGACCAUCUAAAAGGAUUAUGACUGCUCAGAGGAGGAUAUCCUAGCAUCUAUGUGUUUGAAGCUUCUGCAUUCCUUGCUUGGACCAUAAUGGAGAAAGUUGACACUCUGUCAUCAGGUCAAGAAGGCAGCAAGAGUAACAAUGUUCCUGUUCCAGGAGCUACUCCUGCUUACUUUGUCAUCCUGCAGCAAUCAAAAGGGAAUGGUAAUACAGAAGAAGGAAUUGUUGUAGCCAAUAGAGAUGUAUCCUCUGUUGCUGCUGUUGUAUCACCAGCAUCUGACAAAUCAACAUUUAAGGCUUUCCUUUCAGCUGAAUGUACUUCAGGACAAAUUACUGUCACCCUUGACAACAAUAACAUGUGGAAUGAAUUUUAUCGUUGUACCACAGAAAUGAUUUUAACAAAACAAGGUAGAAGGAUGUUUCCUUACUGCCGAUAUUCGUUAUCUGGGCUGUGCCCCUUUCAAAAAUAUAUUCUGGUUAUGGAUAUAACCCCAAUGGAUAACAAUCGUUAUAAGUGGAAUGGGCAAUCUUGGGAACCAGGUGGUGUUUCAGAACCUCAUGUUCUUGGAAGAGUUUUUAUACACCCCGAAUCACCCUCAACUGGUCAAUUUUGGAUGCAUCAGCCAGUUUCUUUCUACAAAUUGAAACUGACAAAUAAUGUUUUGGACCAAGAAGGGCACAUAAUCUUGCAUUCUAUGCAUCGUUACCUUCCUCGGCUUCAUAUAAUACCCACAAGCAAGACCACUGAGGUAAUCCAGCUAAAUGGGCCUGAUGUCCAUACAUUCACCUUUCCCCAGACAGAGUUCAUUGCUGUAACCGCAUAUCAAAAUGUUCAAAUUACACAGCUAAAAAUUGACUGCAACCCUUUUGCCAGAGGUUUUAGGGAAGGAGGCGUGACUGGAAAACUGUUAAAGGACAUAAAAUCAAAAAACUUAAAUCAAGGAGGAGUAUCUCCCGACUCUAAAGCUCAGCUGGAGGAUGAGGAUUCUGAGUGCACUCAAAAGAUGAAGGAACAGUUCAGAGCUUCAGAUCAUUCAGAUGCUGAGACUGAAGCCUUCAUUGCUGAAAAUGACUUUGUGAAUUUUUUAAAUCCACUUCCGGAGCAUUGCACCACAGAACCAAAGGAGAAUCACAAAAGCUCUGUUGAUAUCACAGCUGAGGCCUCUCCUUUGAAUGGACAGAUUAAUAAUGAAAUAAAAGACGAGCCUUGGGAUAACUAUGAUUAUGACAAACGGGUAUCUGCAGAAGGGGUGGAAAUUAAACCAGAGGAGUCUGAGGAGGAGCUAACUGAUGAGUACUCAAACAGUGAUGAUGAGUACCCCAUUUUAGAGAAGCAGCUCAGGAGACAAUCUGCACAGUUCCAGACAGAAUCAAACCGUAUCAGAAAGCGUUCUCAUAUUAGCCCUUCUGGGGUUGCUAAAGCAAAACUGUUAAAAUUGGAUAGUGGAAAAUUGCCUGUGGUGUAUCUGGAGCCAUGUUCAGUACCUAAAAGCACUAUAAAGAUUUCUGAUCUGCGGAAAAUUAUUGUGAGUCAAGAGAAUUAUCGAGGUCUCGCUCAGUGUCCUUCUCCUGCCCCUCCAGUAAAUCCCCAUGAAUCUUCUGACCAAAAUGUUACUUCAGGGGUUGGAAAAAAAGACACUGAAAAAGUGAAUACACAAACGAGUUCCAAAAACAGUGUUGAAUGUUUAAAUGAUAAAAUGGGUGGUUCUCAAACUUCCAGUUUGAAGAGAAAAAAAAAUCUUCCUUUGCCUGCUAAACCAAAAGGAAACCAAACACCAGGAGUUAAAAAUCAGUUGAUACCUGGGGUGCGUAAUAGGCGAGGAAGACCACGCAAAGUUCAUGCUAAAUUUUCCUCAGAAAGAACUACCCCAUUGGAGCCAUCUGUACCUUUACCAGAUAUUAAUCCGGAUCUUGUGGAUGUUGAAGGAGUACUGUUUGUGGCCUUUGCUUCAAAGGAGGCAUUGGCUGUACAUACAGGAGUCAAUCCAGAUAACACUUUCAUGUCCAGUUGUCCAGCACUACCGGGUCCAAACGAAGAUAAAGAUAAUGUUGGGAAAUUUCCAGCGCUUGAAAGUCAGCUUUUGAUGCAUCUUGAAACUGCAAGACACAGACAGGUUAUCCAUCCAGCACUCCAACAAGUGGGAUUGAAACUGAAUAUUGUGGAUCCUACAAUGAGCAUAGACCUGAGAUAUUUAGGAGUGCAACUUCCACUUCCUUAUAUAACCAAUACUACAAGAUGGGACAAUUAUGGCUUGUGUUCUCAAGCAUCUGGAUUGCCCUAUGUUUCAAGAACAGGAAAAACCAAUGACUAUACCAAGAUUAAAGGUUGGCGAGACAAAUUCUCAACAAGCUCUGUAACUCCAUUAUUAAAUGAAGGUAGUAGCUCUGAAACUUCCUUAAAGAACCGCUCCGCUUUCUGUAGUGAUAAAUUGGAUGAGUAUCUUGAAAAUGAAGCCAAGCUCAUGCAGAACUGUGAAGGUAUUUCUCAAAAUGAAAAUGACUCUUCUGUUGUGUAUCAGCUUCCAACCAAAAGCACCAGUUAUGUGAAAACGCUGGAUAGUGUGUUAAAGAAGCAAGUCUCAUUGCCCCAGUCUUCAAAAUCUGAAAACCUCACUUCAAAACCUCUCUCUGCAUCUUCUACUAAAAAGCAAUUAAAUCCUGUAGGCAAGGCAAAAACACAAAAAGCUAAAUCCAAACUUAAGUCUACUUUGCCAUCUCCUGUAACUGUGAAAGAGAAGUCUCUGGCAUGUGGCACACCAGAAAAGUCUGUGAAGACCAUGUCAGAAGCUAACCAUAUUGAGGGUGUGGUGGCCAACUCUAUUACAUCUCAAGAUGAAUCCUUUUCACAGAAUACUUAUCAAGCCCAGCUACAAAGCUCUCAGCCUAGCAGCCCUCGGCAUUCUGGUUUCUCAAAAGCAUUCCUCAAGCUUCUUGAUAUGGAAAAUUGCAUCGUAUGGGAUGGAAAGCCACGAACCUAUAUUACAGAGGAACGUGCAGAUAUUGCUUUGGCUACAAUACUCACAGCUCAGGCUUCUCUAAAAAAUAAACCUGUCCACAAAAUAAUUCCACAUCGUAGAGGAGUUUGUAGUAAUGCAUUCUGUCGCCUGGGAUGUAUUUGCUCCAGUUUGGCUCAUGAAAGGCUCAAGUCCACACACUGCCGACGUGUUGAUUGUAUGUUUGGAUGUACUUGCUUAAAGCACAAAGUUAUUCUUGUGAAAGGUGGUGUACAAAUCAAGAAAAUAUCACAUGAUAUUGCAGAAAAUUCUGAAGAAGAGGAAAAUCUCUCCUCAGCUCUAGAAGACAAAGACGCUGCAGAAGGUGGCUACGACUCUGUUCCAAAAUCUCCAGUGGCUUAUUUUCCCAUUUGGAAAAAAUCUGAAGAUGACAGUGAUUCAGAGCCAAUUUGUAUCCCUAUGCCAGUUAAGUUGAAUGAAGACAAUAGCCAAUUGCAGCAGAAGGAAGUGUGUCAACCAAAUAAAACCAAAUACCCUGGAACAACUAAAUCUGCACGCGUAUACACACCGAAACCCAACCCAGUGAUCCUUCCUGAGGACAUGGAUCCAGUCUAUUUAUAUUUUGACAGCAUGAUGACCUGUGCUCGAGUAAGGGUCUACACACGUAAACCUCCAGAAGUCCAGUUAAAUGAGAAUGAGGAAUGCACUUGUGACUCCUCUGACCUCUGUUCCAAAGAACAUUGUUCUAAAUCACCCAAGAACAGAGAAAAAAGGAAGGAAGUACAAGAAGACAUGUAUGACCCCUCCUGCUCUCCAAAAAGGUUUCGCAAUUGUGGUCCAGCAAAGCUUAUAGAGAUUAUAUCUGACUGCAACUGGGAACAAGAUCGCAUUAAAAUACUCAACAUUAUAUCUAAGAACAUGAGCAGGAAGGAACCUCAGUAUUUCAGGGUAGGAGCCUUUAAUAUUGAUUUGAUGUCGGAGACAAAAAGUUUAGACCAGUCUGGGACUCCUUAUUCAUCACGAGUAAAAAUCUCCAUGGAUGAUGAACAGUGUGUUUCAUGGAAGCAUAGCCCUGGACAUGAUUUCUCCUUGAAAUGGAAAGUAGAAAUUAUUACCCUUCCAGAGGGGAAACUAGCAGAUGCAAGUCCCGAGAGUAAAUUAGUAGAGAAGUCACAUGGAGGAAAAGGUCUGCCCUUUUACACCAAGAUUAUCCCAGCUGGUAAUCUUGUUGCUCGGUUAAAGAAACCCAAUAUUAACCAUUCAGAGCUUAUUCAGGUUAACGGAAAAUACUACCCUCACGCCAAAUUGCUUUUAGGACAAAUGGGAGCACUCCAUCCAGCCAAUAGAUUAGCAGCUUACAUCACUCACAGGCUGAGACCGAGUCUUUACAAUCAAUCCGGUAGUUUGAAUCCCAUUGUGCCUUCCAAGAUUACACCAACUCCCCUCUGUACAUCUGAUGUAAAUUCUAAAGAUGCCAACGUUCCCGUGGUAACACAGGAAGUCAAAACUUCUCCACAGAAAGAGAUUGCCCCACCACCCAGCAGUGUGUUUACAAAGUUUGUCAUGAGUGAAGUUGGAACCCUGCAUCCAAAAAAUCCUGGAAUUAACUUGGUCAUCACAUCAGUAGCUUCAAGCAAACAAAACUCAGUUUUCUGCACUACUUCUGCAAAGAUUGCUUCUUUAAGCUCUCCAUCUCUUACUGCAACUGUGUCACCAUCAAAUGAAAAAGAAAUAGCGUCAGUGCCAACUUUAAUAAAAGUUACCAAUAUUGUAACAAAAGACUCUUCUGUGUCCUUGCCUGCAGAAACAGUUGCAACUAAUACUACAAACGCAUUGACAGUAACUUCAGUUACCCCUACAAAAGACUCUUCUGCGUUACCUUUCUCAACACAAGUGACACCAAUGAUCAACCAACCGCCACAAUCUACAGUCACCCCAUCAACCUUACCUCUUCCUGUUUGCCCAGCGGUCACUGUUAAAAAUGUUUCUACUCCAAUAGUGACAAAUGUGAUAACGCCUAUAACACCAAUAGGAUCUUCUUCUCUAACUGGAAUAAACCCUUUACCUUCACUAACACUAAAACCAGAAGCUGUUGUACCCCAGCCCUCUGUACAAAUCACAAGAGCACCACUGAUGGGAACCGAGAAACGAUUGGGACCCCGGCUGCUCCUUAUACCAGUUCAAUCCAACCCCGCAACUGUUCGCCCGAUACAAAAUGUACAACAAACCCCAGGACAGAAAAUGGUUUUGCAACCUAUCAAGAGCCCUGGACGGACUAACUUAUUCAGACAUCCCAAUGGUCAGAUUAUACAGCUGGUACCUUUGCAGCAAGUCUGCACUCCUAGCAACCAACCAAUAGUUUUCCGUAAUCCAGGUUCAGUUGUGGGCAUCCGUCUCCCCUUACCUACGAAAGCUGAAACAACCCCAACUCAAACAGCUAACUUUGUCUCACCAUCAGUGUCUCCAGCUAUAAUUCCUGCCAGUACAGUUGCUAUUACUCCUUCCACAGCCAGCACAAGCUCUCCAUCCAUAGCCAGCACAAGCUCUCCAUCCAUAACCAGCCCAAGUCUGACAAUUUCCUCACCACCUCCCUUUUUGUCACAAGCAGGUACACUAAGACUAAGGAUUACAGCUCCUACAAAUAGGAGUGAAUCCUCUCAGAGUAGUGCCAAAGUGAUAACCGUCAAUUCUGCUGGUCAGAUCAUGGAUUCUGGUGAUGGCAUGUCCCUUCAGCCUGGAAGUUUUUCUUUACUAAACAGCCAAUCACAGAAUGCUGUACCAGAAGCCAAUCCUGUGCCUCACUCUUCUAUUGGCAAUAUAAAAUCUGAUAUAAAAACUACAAAAAACACUGUGAAUGAAAACGAAAUGUCACAGAGCAAUCAGGAAAGUCUUAUACAUCCUGUAAUAGGUGAAAUUAAGGAAAUUGAUAAAAAUUCAGAAACUCUGCAAUCACAUGAAGACUGCUUUGAUAAUUCUGCAAAUUCUUUAACCACUAAAGAGCCUGAUGAUAUAAAUGAGUUCCAAUCAGCCAAAGAAAAAAUGUCUUCAGAUUGUUAUUCAGAAAGUACAGAGACUUCUCAAGAACCCUCUGGUCAAGCAGAUUACAACAUGAAACCAAAAGAAACAGACUCAGAACAGUUGAAGGAAAAUGUGGAAUCAAAAUUGCAGACAUCUGGAGAAGGAGAGUCUGUGUGUGUACCCAAGCCAAGUGAAACAUUAGUACAAACGGGCAUGGAAAUGCAGAAUGCAGGGAACAGAGAUGAUACCAGUUUUGUAGACCAAAAUGCUACAAAUUCUAAUCCUCAGUCUCCUGAUUCUGUGCCAUCAUCAGUAGUAAUCUUUAACACAGAAAAUCGUGACAUUAAAGUAAACAAAAGUCGUAAAUUAUCUAAUCACAGAACAAAGAAAUCUAAAGAUGAAAAAAACCUUGAAGUUAUAGACUGUACCGUGAGCGAGUCCAGUAGUGAUGCAAAUCUUGAAAUUGAGAAUAGUGACUUUGAUGAGUCUGUGGACAUUGAAACUGUGGAGGAAUUAUCUGAGAAGAUUAACAUAGCCCGUCUUAAAGCAACUGCUGGCAACACAACCGCAAAAUGUAACGUUCAUACUGAGUUUUCAAAAGAAAGCAAAAAAAGUUUAAAGAAAUCAAAUUUUAAGAGGGAUGUGGAUGAAGAUGCCAGUGCUUAUUAUCGUCGGACUCACACUGCAAAUGAAAGGAGACGUAGAAAUGAAAUGAGGGACCUCUUCGAGGAGCUUAAAAAUUCGCUUGGACUCCACAACCUUCCAAAGGUUUCAAAGAGCUACAUUCUUAAACAGGCCAUUGAAGAGAUUGAAGGGCUAACAGACCAAGGAGACACAUUAAUAAAGAAGAAGGCCCUGUUAACUCAAAAGAGGAAUAAUUUGAUACGAAAGGUUUCUGCUCUGUCUGGGAAAACAAAGGAGGUGGUUGUGAAAAAACUGGAAUAUAUUUAUGCCAAGCAGAAAGCUCUAGAGGCAGAAAAGAGAAAGAAGCACUUUGAGGAAGACAUUGCACUCCAUAAAGCCUCAAUGAUGGCAAAACUGCCACAGACCUUUGAAGAGCCGCUCGAAUCCUUCACAAAGGAAAAGGCAGAUCUCCCCAUGACAAGUGGCAAACCAAAGAAACCUUUAAUACUUUCAAGGAAAAAAAAUACAGUUCCUUUGGAAGCACCAACACCUCAACCCGUUGUCUCUCUCUCUGCUUCUAACUUGGAAAUGACAGCUCAAGGAUCACUGGUUACAGUUGAAAAUCCGAUCAUAUCAGAACAGGUGGAAGGAGUGACCCCCACAGUGCUUAAGACUGAAAUCAACCCAGAAGCCAGAAAUGUGCAACAAGAGCUCACUUCUGUACUGAUUCAGAUUCCUAUCACCCUGUCUGUUGUGCCUGAUUCAGCCUCUGCAAAGCCAGAGUCACCUACCCCUGAAGCAGAAAAAGAUGAUUUAUCCAUGAUGCCAAAGAUUGUGAAUGUUACGUCAUUAGCUAAUGAAGCUUCAAUAGACUUGGGGACAGAUCUAAGCUUGAACAUUGAGGAACUUAAAGAGAUUGUUAAACCUGGUCCCCAGCUUUCACCAACAAAACCUGUGUUGGGCGAGACAGAACAAGACCAGGGAGCCACAGAUUCAACAUCUUCAAGUUCUUAUGCUACCUCAAGUUUAGCUCCAUCAUUAGUCCUUCUGGAUAGCAGAGAUGUAUCAGAAACAACACCAGAGAAUGUGGGGACCACUCUCGUAGAAAGCCCCUUGCUUGAAGAUUUAAACAGCCUUAAAAAACAUACAACUGCAGAAACUGAAGAAGUGAAAUUGAAGGAAACCGCUUUUUGCAAUGUGGCAACUAACAAUGUUAAACAUUCACAGCUUGACGUUAGGUUAAAAACACUACCUUUAGAGGAACCAGAGCUAGAUACAAGCGAUUUAAUAGAUGUUAUUGGGGAUAAUGAAGAUACAGAUGAAACACUGACAUCUCUCCUCAAUGAAUUAGCAUUUCUUAAUCAGCAGUUGAACACUGAUGAUUUGGACAAUAGUUCAGAUUUUCCUGGAUCAGACACUGCAUCUCGGGGUAGUGGUAGCAAGUUCAAUGAUGGUGAUGCAUCUCCCUUUUCAUUUGGGAGGUUUAAGGAAAAGAGCUCCUCACUCAGUCCUCUCUUCCUACACUUUGAAGAGGGAGAAGUUCAAGAAACCAGCAAGCAAAACGAGGAAGCAGGCAUUGUGGAAUUUGUUGGCAACACACAGGAUGAACCAUCAUCUAGUAGUAAUAAGGUAACGUCUAGUUUUCAUGAGUCAAAUGUGAAUGCCACAUCACAUCAGAAGGUAGCAAAGCAAGAGAAUCCUCCCUCCGGAUCUUUGUGGAGGCCCAUGCCAAAACUUGCACCUCUUGGAUUAAAAACUUUGACAGCAGACCAGAGGGCACAGGAACGUAAAGCAAUGCCAUCUUUGGCACCUGUGGCAUUGAGAUUAAACUCACAGACUUCUGCAUCUCCAUCUGAUGAACAGACUACACAGGGUUUAAGGACAACAGUUUUGGCUCCUCAAGCAGACAAAUAGUUUGUAGUGUACAGAUCAUGCAACUUAAUAGUUAUAUAUUGUAAUACCUGCAAAUCAUGUGCUCUUUGUGUUGAAACAUUGGAAUCAUUUUAUUAGGAACAUAAUUCUGAAAAGAAUAUCCACAACAUAAAGAAAAGAAACAUACAUUGUCUGCAAGAAAAUAACUUCCAUGAUUAGUGUGAAGAUAUGUGCUUAGCUUUUGGAUUGCACAUACCUUUAAGAAUAUCCAUACAGCUGACUGGAUUGACUAAAUUAAUGUAAUGAUCAGAGACAAUGAAUUAUCUUCUGUAUAAAUUUUACUUUAGAGAAACUGCCAUCAAAACCAUCAACAUUUCCCUCAUCAAAAUAAUCAGUCUGAUUUACUCUGAAUUGCUGGAUACAGUUGCUUUUCUCCCUUUUAGAAUCAUUUGCUCGGGAUUAUUUAAAACAGGCCCUUUCUCAAGGAGUUGCAACAGACAGCUAUAUAUAUGCACUUUGCUAAUCACAUCAAGCUAAUCUAAAAAUAUUUUCAACAGUAUUCACUUGAUUUUCUUUCACCUGUCUACAUUUAUUACCAAGCACCCUCACUGCUGCUUCUGUGACUUGAAUAUUUAUAAAUAUUCCCCUUGUAAAAUAAUGACGUUUGAUGCUAUGUAAAAAAGAAAUGUAUUUAUAUUUUUUUAAAGAUUCUCUGUGCAGGAUUUUUUUUUUGUGUUUGUAGAAUGUGACGGAUGUGCUGAUCACGUGUAAAAUAACUUGGUUUUGUAUUCAGUUUGUAAAUAUGAAAUGUAUGAUUUAUGCUAUGCUGCAGUGUUUCUCAGGUGCUUUCAAAUUAUGCAAAUUAAUAUAAUAUUUUUGAUACUUAAAAAUUACAGUACAAAUUAAUCAUUAAAUGGAUAUAUAGAACUUUUUUGUCUGCUUUGACCCAUAUACAGACUUUAAAAUACUGUAUUUGCCUUAUGUAUUUCCAUUUGUUUUGUAUCUUGGAAAUCUGCUGAUACAAAAAAUAGCUUUUUUAUAACUCACCAAUACUGAUUCAAAUUUGUUCUCUUAUCAAAAUGUAACCCAGUAAUUGUCAGAAAGUUCUUAAGUGACUUGGUGGACCAAAUAAAAAUUCAAACAUG